GUCCCCUGAUGCUUUUUAUACGCAAUGAUCGGGAAGAAUAAAGCAAAGCACAAGGCCCUUCGCACAGAAAAAAUAAUAUAAAGCAUCGAACGAGCGUUACUACUUUCUACUUAGAUGCCUUCCAACACAAGUAUUUUUUUCUCUCUCCACUCUUUUCCGCAAUGUACGGACAGCCAUCUGGCUUCCACCCCGGAGGCCACCGCCGCCACCGCCGGGAUUCGCAGCAGAAAAAUUCUAACUUCUCUAUCCAAAACUCGACGGUACCAGGCCCGAGCACCUCGCAGAACAAGAGAGAGCUUCUGGAGAAGGUGAACCGAGCCGUCGAGAAGGCCCGCCGCGAAAUUAUCGCGGCAGGAGAGUGCGUGACGGCGUGGAAAGUGUCUCAGGAUGCGAUGUUGACGCUCAAGGUUGAUUCGUGGAGCUCUCUUGGGUUUGCGAUGCAGGAGGUUCCGAAUCUUCGCCGCCUUAUGUUCACGGAAGGGAAGAUAGAUGCAUUUAUCCAUUGCUUUAUUGGGGUCCAAAAAAUUACUUCAUUGUAUGAUUUGGAAGUGGCAAUCUGCAAGAAUGAGGGUGUAGAGCAGUUUGAAGAGCUGGAAUUGGGACCUUUGUUAAGACAUCCACUUGUCUUGCAUUAUUUCUCUGUGAAAUCAGAUGUUACUGAAGUCUUCAAAAUAACUACUGAAGAGAUAAUUUCUUUCCUUUGGAAGUUCGUCUGUAAGACUUAUAGUAAAAAAAGUAGGAAGGAUAAAGCUAUUGGUAAAAAAAAAAAGGAUAAAGCUAUUGGGGCUGAAGAGUUUUUGGAUUUCAUUGCUACAAAGCGAUCAGUUGCAGACAAGGAAAAGCUCGGAGUACGAGUUCAAAGCUUGGGGAUGCAUAUUUCUGUUAUCGGAAAAGGGAUGAACUUGGAGAAGGUCACAUUGAAGAAAUCUGUAGAAGCAUUGAAAUCAGAAUCUCAAGAGAAAUACAGGGAAGACCCUCUUUUUUCGUCGCUGAAGAAGCAGUUGGAUGAUGAUUGUACUUCUGAAGAUGAAAGGAUUGACAAUGCUACAGACUGCCAUUUUAAGUUGCCAUCACAAGAAGUUAAAAGUUCUGACCAAGUUAGUAGCUGUCCUUUCCCAUAUGAAUUUGAAGAGACGUGUGGUGAAAUGUGUGGGUACCCUUCUCCUAGUGGCAGCCCAAGCAAUCAUAUGAGUGUAUCACUUCCAAAGAAAGAGAAAUCUAAAAAUCUAGGUAAUUCCAACAAGACUAAGAAGGCUAACAAUAUGAUUGGAGCUGAUCUUGCAAUUGUUGAUGACACUAUGAGAAUGUUCACUACGUACUGGAAGGAGGCAUGUUGUCAACAUACUGUGCCUCAGGUUUUUGACAGGAUGCUCAACUUUUAUAACAUUAAAACGAAAAGAAGGGCGAAAGUGAUAUCAAUGUUUAAAUCCCUCCCAUUUAUUGGAUUACUAAAUAUUGCUAUCUCAUCUAUCAAAUCUGGAAUGUGGGACUGCUUGUCUGAUACUCUCCACACCACAAGUCAACAGGAAUUAACACAAACAAGUAUGGAAAGAUGUUCUGAAUAUGAGAUCACAGAUGUUGAACCAAUUGUUAAGGAUACAUCAGUCAUAGCUGAGCACGGUGGGGAGCACACGCACAAUGUCACAGGUGUUUCUGUUGAAGACAUAAUCAGGAAAGUAACACUGUAUUUUGAGCUUGAGUAUGAAAUCAAGACUUAUGGAGAAUCACUUCUUGAAAGGAGAAUUAUGCUCUUGAGGAAGCUUUAUGAUUGUGAAUUUUGGCUGGUGGAGCAAUUUUUUGUCAAGACAUUCAAUUCCCUUGGCUACGGGGAGUUUUUAACGUUCCUCGAAAAACAUGCCUCUUCGCUACCUGAUGAGAUAUACAACUUCUUAAAAGGUGACAUAUAUGAAAAAUCCCCUUUGGAGGUUUGCAUGCUCCAUUAUCAGUUGGUUGUUUUAGUGUCACAAGCUUUGCAUGGAUUACGGGACAAUGAAAUAGUGACGAAGCAGAUGAUUUCUUCACUUCUCGUGAGGCAAUUCCCAUUGAUUAGUUUCAAAAUUUUAGAAAAUGGUUCCAUGGCAGAUUUUCUAGAUAUUGUGGGGAAGCAUCAGAACACUGUAAUUUCAAAAGGUGUCCUAUUUUCUGCAACAUUAUUUGAAAUGUAUCAUGUUGAAGACUCAUCAACCCAUGAUGAAAAUGAUUUAUUGGAAACCACCAGGGUGAGAGUUGACCACUGCCAGAAAGCAGUAGCCCUUAAACCUGUUACAUCCAAGGAUGCAAUUGAAGUCUUACUUAGAGCACCGCUGAUGUCGGACUUAAGCUUAUGGGUACACUGGGACCUGAUAUUUGCUCCCUCACUUGGCCCUCUUGUACCAUGGUUGUUGAAUGAAGUCAACACAAAAGGGUUAUUGUGUUUAGUGACUAAAGAUGGAAAGGUCAUGCGCAUAGAUCAUUCAGCUACUGUGGAUUCAUUCUUGGAAGCUGCAAUUCAAGGAUCCUCUUUCCGAACAGCACUGCAGCUGUUAUCUCUAUUCUCAUUGGUUGGGGGAGAAAAAUAUGUUCCCUUGCCCCUUUUAAAAUGUCAUGCGCGCCAAGCAUUUGAAGUUAUUAUGAAGAAUUCUAUGGAGAAUAUGGAAGUAAAUGACAGCCAGAACUCUCUUGUGCAGGGAAACACUAGACAGAAAAUGGUUGAUGAAGUUGCUACUAGUAAUUUGAGUAGUGAAUUACAUAUUAACUUAUGCAAAAUGAAUAAAGUUGUGCCUAUUGUGUCAAGGUUUGUCCUUGAUUGUCUUGGCUAUUUACCCACAGAGUUUCGUUGUUUUGCUGCUGAUGUCUUGCUUUCUGGAAUGCGCGCUCUCUUCACAGAUGCUGCUUCUGGCAUUUUGCAUGAAUGCAAUCAAACAGAGCAGAGUCUCAUGCUUCAUGAAGUAGGACUGACUCUUGGUAUUGUUGAGUGGAUUGAUGAUUACCAUUCAUUUUGUUCCACUGAUGCUACUGAGCUGUUUGCAUGUGCAACUGUAUGCUUGAAAGCUACUGGGCCUGAGAAAAGCAUAGGCUCAAAGAAUAUGCAAGACGCGUUGGGUAAGUCUGCCAUUUCUGAACUAAAUAUGAGUGUACCUGUUGUGAAAGAUGGGCGUAAUGAAGAAAGGACUGGAGUUUGUCAGUCAAUUGAUGGGUUAGAAGUUUUUGAUGAUAGAGUUGGCAGUGGUCACACGCUACAUUUGUCUAAACUUGAUGAAGAUAAGAAUGCAGCCCUGGUCAUUGAAUCUAUCAGGCAGGAUGAAUUUGGUUUGGAUCUAAGUUUGUCUAGCACUGAAAGUAGCAUGUUGAAGAAGCAGCAUGCUCGCCUGGGGAGAGCACUUAACUGUCUUUCACAAGAGUUAUAUUCUCAAGAUUCACAUUUUCUUCUUGAGCUGGUUCAAAAUGCUGAUGAUAAUAUUUAUCCGGAAAAUAUCGAACCGACUCUGACAUUCAUUCUUCAAGAGUCGGGUAUUGUUGUUCUAAAUAAUGAGCAGGGCUUCUCUGCUAAAAACAUCAGAGCACUUUGUGAUGUUGGAAAUUCAACAAAGAAAGGAUCUAAUGCUGGAUACAUAGGACAGAAAGGCAUUGGCUUCAAAUCAGUAUUCCGGGUCACAGACGCUCCAGAGAUUCAUUCUAAUGGGUUUCAUAUCAAAUUUGAUAUCAGUGAGGGUCAGAUUGGUUUUGUUGUGCCAACAGUAGUACCUCCAUGUGAUAUUGACUUGUAUAGUAGGCUGGCUUCUAGUGACACUGAUCAAUUGGAUGAUAAAUGCUGGAACACUUGCAUUGUCCUUCCUUUCAGAUCGAGAUUAUCAGACCUAACUGUCAUGAAGAGCAUUAUGACUAUGUUUUCAGAUCUUCACCCGUCUUUGUUGCUUUUUCUUCACCGGCUUAAGUGUAUUAACUUCAGAAACUUACUCAAUCAUUCGCUCAUUUGGAUGCAAAAAGAAAUCAUGGAGGAUGGCAUUGUUAGGAUUUCACAUGGAAAAGAGAAAAUGACAUGGUUUGUGGCAUCUCAAAAGUUGCGGGCAGAUAACAUUCGUCGUGAUGUGCAAACAACAGAAAUCUCUAUAGCAUUUACAUUGCAGGAAUCAGUUGACGGGGGUUAUUUUCCACUUUUAGACCAGCAGCCUGUUUUUGCAUUUCUUCCUUUAAGAACUUAUGGGCUGAAAUUUAUUCUUCAAGGUGAUUUUGUUCUUCCUUCAUCUAGAGAGGAAGUUGAUGGAAAUAGUCCCUGGAACCAGUGGUUGUUGUCUGAGUUUCCUGGUUUGUUUGUUAAUGCGGAGAGAUCCUUUUGUGAUCUUCUGUGUUUUAGAGAGAAUCCAGGAAAAGCUGUGUCAGCUUUCAUGAGUUUUGUUCCACUUGUUGGGGAAGUUCAUGGUUUCUUUUCUUGUCUUCCCAGGUUGAUUAUUUCUAAAUUACGUAUGUCAAACUGCUUACUCCUGGAAGGAGGAAGUGACAAAUGGGUUCCUCCAUGCAAGGUUCUAAGAGGUUGGAAUGAACAGGCACGCACUCUUCUUCCUGGUGGUUUGCUUUCUGAGCAUCUUGGCCUUGGAUUCCUGGAUAGAAAUAUAAAAAUGUCUGAUUCAUUAGCAAGGGCACUGGGCCUAGAGGAGUAUGGACCCACGAUUCUACUUAAAUUUAUAUCCUGUUUAAGUCACAUGGAAAAUGGCAUCAAAUCAAUUGGCCUGAGUUGGUUGUCUUCUUGGCUAAAUGCUCUUUAUACAAUGUCAUUCCAUUCUUCUGGACAAUUUUUCUUAAACUCCGAUACAGAAAUGGAUCUCAUAGAGAACCUCCGAAAAAUAUCGUUUAUUCCCCUUUCAGAUGGUACAUACAGCUCAGUGGAUGAAGGUACAAUCUGGUUACACUCUGAUGCAGUAAGCACUAGGUUUGAUGUUGAGCAUGGAUUUGAAGCUUUCCCAAAUUUAUUUAUGAAACUUCGGACUGUAAGUCCUGCCCUCUUUACUGCAUCAACUGUUGGUAAUGGUAGCUCAUGCGUUGACAUGACUUUGGUAGACAACAUAACCAAGAUUCUUCAUAGAAUUGGUGUCCGGAAGUUGUCUGCUCACAAAAUUGUGAAGGUGGACAUCAUGCCAGCUGUAACAGAUGGCAGAAAUACAAAUAGUGACAAGAAUUUGAUGACGGAGUAUCUUUGCUUUCUAAUGAUUCACCUACAGUCUAGCUGCCCCGAUUGUAGUCUUGAAAGGGAGUUUAUAAUCUCUGAAUUACGAAAUAAAGCUUUCAUUCUAACAAAUCAUGGCUUUAAACAACCUGUUAAGGUGCCAAUUCAUUUCAGUAAAGCAUAUGAAAAUCCAGUCAAUGUAAAUAAGUUGCUCAAUGUUGUAGAUAUGAAAUGGCAUGAGGUUGACACCACUUAUUUGAGGCAUCCAGUCACUGAAUUGUUAUCAUGUGGGCCAACAAAAUGGAGGGAAUUUUUCCAGGAAAUAGGUGUCAUGGAUUUUGUGCAAAUACUUCAAGUUCAUAAGACUGUUGCUGAUAUAUCUCCUACCAUUUUUAGGAAUCUAAUGCAGGAAAGAGACCUUAUUUCCCCUGAAUCAAUUGUCAAAGAUUGGGAAUCCCAUGAAUUGGUCCAUUUAAUAUCCCUAUUGUCCAAAAAUGGUAUGCGGAAAAGUUGUAUAUAUCUGUUGGAGGUUUUUGAUAUGCUAUGGGAUGGUUAUUUUAGUGACAAAGCUACAGGUUACUGCAGUCCUAAAUCUGGUGGAGAUAGCAAACCCUUCAAGUCUUCAUUUAUGAGCAGCAUUUGUGAUGUCCAGUGGGUAGUAUCUAGCAUGGAUGAUGCACUUCACUAUCCCAAAGAUUUAUUUUAUGAUUGUGAUGCAGUACGCUCUAUUCUUGGUGCUUCUGCUCCAUAUGCUGUUCCGAAGGUGAGAAGUGGAAAGUUAGUGAGUAAUAUUGGAUUUAAGAUUAAAGCUACCAUUGAUGACAUUUUGGAAACUCUGAAAGUAUGGAAGAGAUCUAAGACACCUUUUAAGGCCAGCAUCACACAAAUGUCAAAAUUGUACACAUUCAUUUGGAAUGAAGUGGCUACUUCAAAGCAGAAAAUCACAGAGGAAUUACAUUCAGGACCGUUUAUAUUUGUUCCAUAUGCCUAUGGCUCUACGCUUGAUGAUGUGGUUCCUGGUAUAUUCUUAUCUCCUGAAGACGUCUGUUGGCAUGAUUCAACUGGUUCUCUGGACCAAAUGAAGGAGUUUCAUCCUCAAUGCAGGUUGACAGAAGUGACCCAUCACCUCUUAAGCAAGAUGCUGAGCAAUAUUUAUCCAGGCCUUCGGGACUUUUUCAUUGAUGGCUGCAAAGUACACGAGACCCCUCCUCUCCAAAGCUAUCUACAGAUUUUGCUGCAAUUAUCUACUGUUGCUUUGCCUUCACAAGCAGCUAAUACAGUUUUCAAAGUUUUUCUCAAGUGGAGUGAUGGACUGAAAUCAGGGCUCCUGAGCCCUGAAGAUGCCAUUUACUUGAAAGAAUGUCUUACGAAAUUGGAAUUUAUGGUGCUUCCGACUGAACAGGAUAAGUGGGUUUCCCUGCACCCUUCAUUUGGCCUUGUGUGCUGGUGUGAUGAUAGGAAAUUAAGGGAGCAGUUUGAGCAUUUUGAUAAAAUUGGUUUUCUGUACUUUGGCGAACUUAGUGAUGAUGAAAAAGAGAUACUUCAAACAAGACUGUCCGUCCUCAUGCAAACCUUAGGGAUUCCUGCACUCUCAGAGGUUGUAACUCGUGAAGCAAUAUAUUAUGGUCUGGCAGACUGUAGCUUCAAAGCUUCAUUGGUGGGCUGGGCUCUUCCUUAUUCUCAACGCUACUUCUGUAGCACACACCAUGAUAAAUAUAUUCAGCUCAAGCAGUCUGGAUUUGAUAUUCUGAAUCGUCUACAAGUAGUUGUUGUUGAAAAGCUGUUCUACAGGAAUAUCAUAAAGAGUUGUGGUGCAUCUAAUAAGCGAGUUGAAUGUAGCUGUCUUCUGCAGGAUAACAUUUUGUACACAACCCAAGAAUCUGAUUCUCAUGCCUUAUUUAUCGAGCUGUCUCGUUUGUUAUUUGAUGGAACUCCUGAUCUACACUUGGCAAAUUUCCUUCACAUGAUCACAACCAUGGCCAAAUCAGGUUCCAGUGAGGAGCAUACAGAGUUUUUCAUCUUGAAUAGCCAAAAGGUGCCAAAACUUCCUGAUGAAGAAUCUGUUUGGUCCCUCUCAUAUGUGCCUUCAUUGACAGAGAACGAUGAUUCACUACAGACAAAUUUUGAUUCAAAAACAAUAGAUGAAAAAAGUUAUUCCAAGUCCAAAAAGAGAGGAAAGAACUCAAACUGGCCACCUGUGAAUUGGAAAACUGCACCGGGUUUUAGUUAUGCAAAUGAUUUUAGGGCGCAGGGAACAACUGUGCAGCCUAGCAUCAGCCCUCAAAAGAAAAAGGAAGAUGAUUCUGAAGGCACAGUCAUGCAAACUGAUGAUGUUGUUCCUAUCUCAAUCGAUGAUGAUUGGACCAUUGAAGAUGAUUCAGAAGCAACUUCAACGGCUUUAUGUUUGUCAGAUUACGACAAUUUGGAAGAUCAGUCUGGCCAUGCUUGUAAUCAGUCUGAUCCUAGUAUGCAUGUUGAUUUCGAUCCUAUAUCUGAUGGCCCUGAGUUGGGUUCAUCUGAUUUCAGCAAGAGAGAUCAACUUGGAAUUGGCACACCUCUUGGAACAGAAGCCACACAAACAGGGAGACUUGGCGAGCUUGUCGCUUUCAAAUACAUUAUUGGAAAAGUUGGUAAGAGAGUUGUGAACUGGGUUAAUGAAGAUAGUGAAACUGGGUUACCCUAUGACAUUGUUGUAGGGGAGGAGAAUAGUAAAGAUUACAUUGAAGUUAAAGCAUCCAACUCUCAAAGAAAAGACUGGUUCAAUAUAUCAACAAGAGAGUGGCAAUUUGCUGUGGAUAAAGGUGAAUCAUACAGCAUUGCACACGUUGUUUUAUUGGGUAAGAAUGUUGCAAGGGUCUCGAUAUUCAAGAAUCCAGUAAAAUUAUGUCAGCUAGGCAAGCUGCAAUUAGUUGUUAUGAUGCCAAAGCAGCGGAAGGAAUUCUCAGUCGUCUCCUAAGAGGCACUUCUUAUCAGUGCAUCUGGGGGAUUGACUCUUUAUGAACUGGCUGGAAAUACACUGAAAUGACACAGGUUUGUUUAUGCCGACUCCUUCUCUUGAUGCCUGGGAAAAUUAAUUACUAUAUCACUUCAAAUUGGCGGUCCAGUCCAUUAGAAGUGCAUGAACAAAGUUCUGCUCCUGGAAAGGGAAUUAUGAGCUAGAACCCUAGGAUUUUAGAUGGAAGUAUUAUCAGGCUGACUGAGUAAAUGAUUUGGAAAAGGCUCCGUAGUACAAUUUCUUGUUUAUAAUAGUGGCAAAAAUGCCGGAGAUGUCAUACUUACUGGUCCUACAACAUCUUCAUAAAUUUAUGUAUAAUGUUUGAAAAAUUGUCGCAUGCAGUAAUGUAAAUGUUUGCCUAUUUUAACUGUC